AUGCAUGGCAUCUCGUGCCUCUACUUCGGCUUCCUCUCGAUCAUUCAUCUCGUCGCCAACGAUGGGGAAGCCGUUGCACUUAACGGCUACGCGAUGCUACCGAGCGGCGUCAUCUUUGGCACCAUCGCGCUCUUGCAUCUCUACCCUCUGUGCUCGUUCCGUCGGGCUCGCGUCGAUCCUAUUCCGACACUACCAACGUCACGCUGCUCGUUCGAGUACUGGGCAGCUCGGUGGCCCGUGCCCGACAACAUUCAAGUGUGCCUCAACCACUUUGUUGCCAUCGGCUGCGAGACAAAUCUGGCAUAUAAAAUGGCGCGCUAUCUCGCGCAGACCGAGGUCGCCUACUUGUACGCGAUUACGCUCGGAAUCAACUGCCUCUGCACGUCGUGGCUCCUGCUGCUCAAGCGCGCCAACUCGAAGCUGCAGCUCAUCGGGCUCAUUGACUGCGUCAUGUCGACGGCCUUGACGGCGGGGUUUCCGCUUGUUUUUUCGCCCUUUGACUGGCUCGCGCUCAACGUGCCUCCGUCACGCUUGCUCGUGACGUCGUCGGGCUCGGACUUGGUCAUCAAGACGAUCUUGGGCGUCUCCAACUUUUUUGUGCUGAGGCGGCUUCGCCACACCAAGAAGAGUACCCCACGGCCGCUGCUGCGCACCAGAAGCUGGAGUCGGCACCGGUUCUCCGCCACCCUCAAGCUCGCGGACGCGCUGCGCGAUCACUCCGGGUCGCGUCGCCACCUCACCGUCUCGUCGAUGCCGCGGCUCAGUUCGGUUUCGUUCGAAGUCGCCAAAGUGGCGUGGGAAGCGAGUAAAGAGUACUUUACGUGGGAGCAAGAGCACCAGAAUGUCGUGCUGGCCGCGCUCGUUCUCGGACUUUUAUGGGGCGGCGCCGUCCUUCUUGUGGCGACACUCGCAGUCUUUCACCGCGACGCGUGCCCGUCCUACUGCGAACAAGCGGCCGCGCCUUGGUUUACCAGCGACUGCCGCUGCGUUUACGCCCGUCUCCACUGCGUCCGCGGCCACAUUGUCGACAGCCGGUCCGUCGACUCGUAUUUUACACCGGCGCGCCUCGGACCCGACCUCUUUCUUCUGCACGUGCAGCGAUGCGACAUCCCCCAUGGCUUGAACGCAACAACGACCGCGCAGUUCUUAUAUCUCUAUGGUAUUUGGCUCGAGCACACGGCGAUGCGGGAGUGGCCCGUGACCGCUCUCGCGCUGCCAUCGUCGACGAUGCUCGUGCAUCUUCGCCACGCACCGCACUUGACGUCGCUGCCAGAGGUGCUAUCGGCACCGCCGCCGACGCUUCGGUUUCUGUACGUGGCCGAGUGCCCGCUCUCGACCAUAUCGGGUGCGGUGUUUCAAAAGUGGACCCACUUGCUCUCGCUGCGACUACCCGCGACGGGCUUGACCACGCUGCCUCCCGAGAUUGGCGGCCUUUCCAUCGUGUCGUCCCUCGACCUGGGCUACAAUGCAUUGACCGCGCUUCCAAUCGAACUCGGCACAAUCAUACCGCACUUGGCCGAGCUGUACCUGGACCAGAACGCACUUUCUGUGUUGCCACUGUCACGUCUCUCAUCAAACCCCAAGCUGGGACUCUAUUUGAACCGAAACCCGAUACCGUCCUUGUGCAGCGAUGGAUGCGCAUGGGGCCGACUCGACAUGACCAACACCCUCUACUGCAAUACGACAACGACAAGUGGGACGCAAGGCGUCUGCGGCAAUGACUGCGCGAGCGUCUGUAGCCGCGACCGCGUCACCGACUACUUUUGCGACGCGGCGUGCAACACGACAGCGUGCGCCUUUGAUGGGGGCGACUGUCUCUUCUAACCCACGCAGCGUUGGUGGGUCAGCCCCGCGCGGCGUCGCUGUGGACUUGUAGCAAAUGUUAUAAAAGCAAACCCCCUGGCUUUUUGUAAGCCGUCUCGUCCAACGGACCACGCAAACCAUCCAUCAUGCAGUUU